CGUUCGUAAAUAGAACAAAAAGUAGAAUUGGCAGAUGAGGCAACGAGCCAAAUAACAAACGUGCCCUUUUUUAAUCCAGCGCAGCAGUUUUUUACACUCCUAUUUCACCGUACAAUGUUUUAUUUAACCAAACUUUAAAAGAUUGCUUUCGUGUGACCAGGUAAUAUAAACAAAUUACAGAGUCUUCAGAAAUUGUCUGCCUUUACAGCGGCGUUGGAACAACGGUGAAACAUGAGAAUUGCGGAUGUGCUCCGCCGGCUGGAUGCGUACCCACGUACGCUUGAGGAUUUCAGUGUACGCACUGUUAGUGGUGCGGCAGUAACUUUAAUCAGCAGCACCAUCAUAGCUGUACUGAUUUUUCUAGAAUGUGUUGCCUAUUUUCGACCAAAUCUCUCAGAGGAUCUGUUUGUAGACACCACGCGAAAUCACAAACUGCGUAUAAAUUUGGAUAUAACAAUACACAAUUUAGCGUGUAGCUAUGUGUCACUGGACGCUAUGGACUCCUCAGGCGAUCAGCACUUGCGCGUUGAUCAUGAUAUUUUCAAGCAUCGCUUGGAUUUGCAGGGUAAUCCUUUGAAAGAAACGGAACCAAUAAAGGAAAUUGUUGCUGUGUCGCCAUCAAACAAAAACGCCACUUGUGGUAGCUGCUAUGGCGCUGAAUAUAAUAGCACCCAAUGCUGCAACACUUGUGAGGAGGUGCUGAAUUCAUAUCGUGAAAGAAGAUGGAAUGUGCAAAUGGAUAAAAUCGAGCAAUGUAAAGAUCAAUUCAAACAUAGUGAUACAGAUGCUUUCAAAGAAGGGUGUAGAGUACAGGGACAUUUAGAAGUGAAUAGAAUGGCCGGUAGUUUUCAUUUUGCUCCUGGCAACAGUUUUUCCAUACGCCAAUUUCAUAUACAUGACUUUCAAUUCACCGAUGUGAAAUUGGAUCACACAAUUAAUCAUUUAUCGUUUGGUGACAAAAUUGAGUUUGCAAAAACACAUCCACUUGACGGGCUGCACGUCGAAUCAGACAAAGCUGUGAAAAGCGAGAUGUACAAUUACUAUCUAAAAAUUGUGCCUACUAUGUAUGUGAAAGCGAACAGCCCGCCCAUACACACCAAUCAGUUCUCGGUGACGCGCUACAAAAAGGACCUUUCAAAUAAGGAGCGUGGCAUGCCAGGUAUAUUCUUCAGUUAUGAGCUAUCGCCACUUAUGGUCAAGUACGAAGAGAAGCAAAGAUCAUUUGGUCACUUUGCUACAAACUGUUGUUCCAUAAUUGGUGGCGUUUUUACAGUUGCCGGAAUUAUUGCAGUCUUUCUAAACAAUUCAUUGGAGGCGCUGCAACGAAAAUUAGAAAUAGGCAAGCUGAGUUAACAAUGCACACAAAGCAUAAUCUACCUUUCCACAUUAUUACUUUUUUUAAUUCCAACAAGAAUUUAACAGACUGCAGUUUAUCUUUGCUCUUUCGAAAAUUUGGCUUUUACAUUUUUAUAAGUGUAUAUCUAUGUAUGAAUGUAUGUUUAUAAAUAUUUGCACAUUACGGUGCUAAUUUUUUUUAUUCAGAAUCUCGCCAUUGUAAUACGCUGUAGUUUAAUCUAUAUAUGUAUGUAUGUAUAUGCUUAAUUUUUGUAUGACAAUUUCCAUUUCAGUUUUGUUUUUGUCUCUGUUUAUUGCUUAUUAUAUCGUUAUUAAUGUAUUGACUAAUCGAAUACGAUAUACUUUAUUUUAGCCAAAAUUUGAAAAUAUACUAUUUAAUUGAAUUAA